CCAGUGAGACUCCGCCAGAAUGCCGAAGAAUAAGGGAAAGGGUGGUAAAAACAGACGUCGUGGAAAGAACGAGAACGACAACGAGAAGCGCGAGCUGACUUUCAAGGAGGAGGGACAAGAAUAUGCCCAGGUCGUCAAGAUGUUGGGUAACGGCCGAUUAGAGGCUCUCUGCUUCGACGGUGAGAAGCGCCUGGCUCAUAUCCGUGGAAAGCUUCGCAAGAAAGUCUGGAUCAACCAGGGAGAUAUCAUUCUUCUCUCGCUCCGAGACUACCAAGAUGAAAAGGGAGAUGUCAUUCUCAAGUACAACGCCGAUGAGGCCAGAAGUUUGAAGGCCUAUGGCGAGCUCCCAGAGAGCGCCAAGAUCAACGAGACCGAUACUUAUGGCCACGAGGGUAUCGAAGACAACGUCGAGUUCGACGAGGAUCGUGAUGACAGCAGUGACGACAAGGACAUCGAUGUCGAUGAGAUCUGAAUUCAUACUCCCUCCAAAAGCGGCGCGUCCUUCCUCGAUGGAUUUCUUCUACUGUUCAACCAACGGUAUCUAUCCGGUCGCCACUGUCCAUUAAGAAACUCGAGGACGUACGGUUUUCUUUUCAGCGACUUGUCAAUGUAACUAAACCGGAUUGAUGAAGGCUCUCACUUAUUGGAUCCUAGGAGUAUUGGUCCAUCGAUAAAGGAUAUCAAUCACCUGGCCGAACUUACC